CUGACUGUAGUGGUGAAAAUGAUAAUUCCCGCGUCAUUCUGAUAGGUCGCUAAGUUGUGUUUAUUUUCAUUCUCGUUCAGCCAAUGUAGAAGUAGCUACGCGUGCAUAUUUCACAAGUGCUGACGAUAUAUCUCAUUUGUUUCUGCAAAUGAAGACUAAGCGUGUUAAAAACUACAGGAGGACUAUUGACUUGUAUGAUACUCAUUUUGGACUAAAAACUAAUCCACUUGAAAUAUUGGUUGACAGUACUUUUGCACGACAAGCGUUAGUACAACAGCUUCACAUUGAGCAACAAUUCAAGUGUACACUUUCGUGCGAAUUUAUUCUGGUUACAUCAUCAUGUAUUAUUCUAGAGUGUGAAAAACUAGGUCAAUUGUUUUCCGGAGCACUACAAAUUAUUCAACAAUACAAAGUUCUGAAGUGUACACACAAAGUUCAUAAAGACACAUCUGCUUUUUCAUGCAUAAAAAGAAGAAUUCUCACUGCACGGUCAAAAAAAUGCUCUGAAACUAAGUCUAGAAAGGGUAGUUUGCUAUUUGCUCUAGCUUCUAAUGACGAGUUACUGCAACAGUAUGCCCGGGCUGUCCCUGGAAUGCCGAUAUUCUUCAUUGCUCACAAGCGAAUCAAUUUGGAGUCUAUUCCUAUUCCGGUUUCGUUAUUGCUUCAACAAAAGGCUACACGAGCACCGGACUUGACACUUUCGGAGUGUAGUAAAAUCAAACAAUUUUGUGACAGAUUUGGUUUUUCCGAAGAAAGUUUCACACGUAGGAAGAAGACCAAAGGACCUAACCCACUAUCGUGUAAGCAAAAAUUACACAAACCCCACAUUCUAAAAAGGACGGCAACUAAACGAAAGCGAAAACGUAUCAAAAUGACAUGGGCAAUGAAGCAAGUCGUAGAACGUUUGAAAACAGAACAGAGUAGCAAAGAUGCGUGAAGUAUAUUAAACACAGAGUCCUAUUUAUUAUGUACUUUUUUACCCUUUACUAUCAAUAAAACCGUUCGAUAUUAUAUUUUUUCUCACUAGUGGAGGAAAAAGGUACUUGCGUAUACAACCAAUCUCAUUGCUACACCAUAAUAUGGUACAUUAUCAUAAAAAUUUUAUUUCAGACAAAAUCUUAUGAAGUAACUAUACAAUAUUGUACAAUUUAGAUACAUUAUAUUCACAAAUAUAUGUACAUCGACGACCAAAUAA